UUGUAAGCGAUACAAAAAAAGCGUUUAACAGAAUUAAAAUAAAACGGGGCUUGAAACGCUAAAGAAAACCUUUGAUUGUUGAAGUCGGUGUUGGUGUUGCUGUUGUGUUUUCUGCUACCGUCGCUGGUUGUUGUUGUUGUUUGCAUGCACCCACCAAAUGUUGCUACCGUAUCAAAAGUGCCACAAACUGAAUAUCAAUUGAUUUGAUAGGAGCAGAGUUGGAAAAAAGUGAAAUGUUUGCUGAAAUCCAGCAAUAAAUUUGUUGUGCGGGCAUUAUUUUCGGCAACGUAACUCUUUUUUGGAUUAUUUAAUCAGUUUAAUUGAUUCGAAAAUAAUUAUUUUGUUUCUUUAUUUAAUAUUCAAAUCGAUAAAUGUGUGCUUUGAAAACUAAAUAACCUAACCUAAUAGUGUCCAGUGUCCAUCAUAGAGAAAAUACCAUUUGUUUAUCGGAGAGAAAGAAAAGCCUUAUCACUAAUCGCCAUGGGCCUUAUUGGAUUUUGUAUUCACUAUGCCAUAGCACUGGUAAUAUUGAAUAGAGAAAUUUCACCAACUGUCGGUAUGCUAUAUCCAAGAGAGUCAGAAACGCGCGAGGUGCGCUCGCUAGAUGGCCUGUGGAAUUUUGUUAAAUCCGAUCCCACCAAUCCAACGCAGGGAGUCCGUGACAAAUGGUUUCUGGACGACUUGAGUCGGGUACAGGAUACGAUACCAAUGCCGGUGCCGGCUAGUUACAAUGACAUUACAACACAAAAUGAUUUGCGUGAUCAUGUUGGUACCGUGUGGUAUGAUCGGAAAUUUUUUGUGCCGCGAUCAUGGGCCAACAAGCAGAGAGUGUGGUUGCGUUUUGGAAGCGUACACUAUGAGGCAUUUGUGUAUGUAAACGGUGAAAUGGCUGUGCGCCAUGAGAUGGGCCAUCUGCCCUUUGAGGCAGAAAUUACGAAUUUAGUCAAAUACGGCGAAGAGAAUCGCAUAACCGUCAUGUGUGAUAAUGCCUUGAUACAAACCACAGUACCUCAGGGGAAAAUUACAGAGGUUUCAAGAGAUGAUGGUGUUGCCAUAGUACAAACUUAUACAUUUGAUUUCUUUAAUUAUGCCGGUAUCCACCGCUCUGUGCAUUUAUAUACAACACCCCUAACAUAUAUUGAGGAAAUGGAAAUUACCACCGAUCUGGCAAAGGACAAUAAUGUUGGUUUCGUUUAUUACAAAGUCAAGGCGAAUGGCACAGCGGCCAAUGAAGCAGUAAACAAUCUCUAUGUACGUGUUCAACUGCGCAACAAAGACGGUGCCAUUGUGGCCAAUGAAACAUCCAACAGCGAUUUGAAGGGUGUCCUAGAAGUACAAAAAGUUCUGCCCUGGUGGCCAUAUCUAAUGCAUCCCGAUCCCGGCUACCUAUAUCAAUUGGAAAUAUUCCUACAUGGUGAAAAUAAUGAAUUGCUUGAUGUCUAUCGCCAGAAAGUUGGUAUACGUACCUUAAGUUGGAACAAUACAUCGUUUAUGAUCAAUGGUCGACCGGUGUAUUUCCGUGGUUUCGGGCGGCAUGAAGAUUCGGAUAUACGUGGCAAAGGUUUGGAUUUAGCCUUGAUGACAAGAGAUUUUAAUUUGCUGAAAUGGAUUGGUGCCAACGCCUAUCGUACCUCACAUUAUCCUUAUUCGGAGGAAUCAAUGCAAUUUGCCGAUGAAAAUGGCAUCAUGAUUAUUGACGAGUGUCCCAGUGUUGAUACAGAAAACUUCAAGCAAGAACUGUUGGAUAAACACAAAUCAUCCAUGGAACAACUUAUACACAGAGAUCGUAAUCAUCCCAGUGUUGUGAUGUGGUCAAUUGCCAAUGAGCCCCGAACAAAUCAAUUAAAUGCAGGUUCAUAUUUCCAAUAUGUAGCCAAUCAUACCCGGGAACUGGAUCCUUCGAGACCAGUGACUGCUGCCAUUGCUGUGUCUUCAAAUGACGAUAAAGCUGCCAAAUUCUUAGAUGUAAUUAGUUUUAAUCGCUACAACGGUUGGUACAGCAAUCCCGGACGUUUGGAUAUGAUUACCAAACGGGUAAUAGAUGAGGCUACAAAUUGGCAUAAAAAGCACAAUAAACCGGUCAUAAUGUCGGAAUAUGGUGCCGAUACAGUGGAGGGAUUACAUUUGCUCCCCGCCUAUGUUUGGUCCGAGGAAUAUCAAACGGAGUUGUUUUCGCGCCACUUUAAAGCAUUCGACACCCUGAGGAAGCAACCAUGGUUUAUAGGAGAAUUUGUGUGGAAUUUUGCCGAUUUUAAAACGGCUCAAACCGUAACCCGUGUCGGUGGCAACAAGAAAGGCGUCUUCACCCGCAACCGCCAGCCCAAAGCCGUGGCCCAUCUGCUGCGCAAACGUUACUUUGCCUUAGGCCGUGAAGUGGAUCAGUGCAACUUCCCCGAAGAUCUCUUCACCUAUAUUGCCGAUGUGGGCCCUUCACGUAAUGCCAAACAUGACGAUGCCGAUUUAUAAUCGCCGCCUUCUGCUCGAGAGCCCAUUACUGCCAGUCGCUCUCUAAGUGAAAUUUUGUUCUGAACUUUCCAUUGCAUUUUUUGUAUGCCUAUUUCGUUAGUAUUUUCUAAAGAAAAUGUAUUAAUCUAAGUUAUUGAAAUUUUUUUAUAGUUGUAUGUAAGUAUAUUAAAACAACGUAUUUAUAUUUUAUUAUGUAUAAAAAACGGUUAUAUGUGUCUUUUAUGUACAUA